AUGGACACUAUGGAAAAUAUAUUUCAUAGAUUACAUUGUUUACAUUUUCUGUGUUUUGAUGAGAGUUGGACUGAGAGUGGUGUGUUUCAGUCUCCUGUUAUUAGCAUUUCUAAGUCUCUCUGCAUUUCCUGUAAUUUCUGCUCUGUGAAAGUGCUGGUGUGUUGUUUGCUGAAGAGAUGGCUUGAGUCACACCUUCUCCGUCUCAUUCAGUGCCAGGAGCCUGAAUUCUAUCUUGUCAUAGAUCAAGAUCGCAGCCCUUGCGUUCUUUUUGUUUACAUUUGCUUGGUGUAUCUUUUCCGUCCAUUUGUUUUUAGGCUUUUUGAAUCAGUGUUCUAG